UUCUUUAAUUCAGCAACACAAACACUUCUUCCUCUUCUACAACCUCCUCUGUCUUAUUAGUCUUGUCAGUACUAUAGCAUCUGUCAGACAAUUAGCAUUGGCAAUGGCAGCUCAAACAUUCGCUUCAUGUCUUCUUCUCUUCAUUUGCCUACACCUUCAAAGCAUUUUGGCUGAUUAUGGAGGGUGGCAAGGUGGUCAUGCCACUUUCUAUGGCGGUGGUGAUGCGACUGGCACAAUGGGAGGAGCAUGUGGAUAUGGAAAUUUGUACAGUCAGGGUUAUGGAACUAGCACUGCAGCCCUAAGCACUGCCUUGUUCAACAAUGGCUUGAGCUGUGGUGCUUGUUAUGAAAUGAGAUGUGAUGAUGACCCCAAAUGGUGUCUCCCCGGUACCAUCACUGUCACUGCUACAAAUUUUUGCCCACCUAACCCUUCUCUGCCUAACAACAAUGGUGGAUGGUGCAAUCCUCCUCUCCAACAUUUUGACAUGGCUGAGCCUGCUUUCUUGCAAAUUGCUCAAUACCGUGCUGGAAUUGUGCCUGUAGCUUUUAGAAGGGUGCCUUGUGUUAAGAAGGGAGGAAUUAGAUUUACCAUCAACGGUCACUCCUACUUCAACUUGGUCCUGAUCACCAAUGUUGGUGGUGCGGGAGAUGUUCAUUCAGUUUCAAUCAAAGGCUCGAAAACAGGGUGGCAAGCCAUGUCAAGAAACUGGGGCCAAAACUGGCAAAGCAACAAUUACCUCAACGGUCAAAGCCUAUCUUUUCAAGUCACCACCAGUGAUGGUAGAACUGUCACAAGCUACAAUGCGGUGCCUGCUGGCUGGCAGUUUGGUCAGACUUUUGAAGGAGGCCAGUUUUAAGAUUUCGACACCUUUUUUACCAUUUUGUCUUCUGGGUCUAGAGUUUUCACUACAAUUAAGCCUGGUUGGUUGGUGGAAAUUUGUAUAUUUAUAUUAUAUGCUUCCUAUAAGAACAAAUUAAGAGGCAAAAAAAAGGGUAUUUUAGUGAUGUUUGGAGGAGAAGUGGCCUUGUAAAGCUGAGGUAGCUAAAUCUAAGUAGCACCCGCUUGCCCUUCCUCGUAUGUAUAAGUAGUCUUUUGAGAAAUGUAUUUAUGUCGUUCAAGAGUAAUUUACAGUUUCCAUUGAUAUGCAAUAUUAAGACAAGAUUGCUGCAUUAAAA